CAAUCGGUCCAGGUCCCAGACCCCUCCUUCAGCCUGUCCAAUGAGAGGACUUCGAUUGAGAGGACGUAUGAGCUGACCAAGUAUCUGGAGCAUCAGCUGAGAGAGAUAAAGGACACCUAUUUAUCCUACCUGGGCCCGCCGUUCAGUGACCCAGACUUCUCCCCUCCGCGGCCCAACAGCACAGCCCUGUCCUUACCCAGCGCGGCCACCCGUCUGGAGCUGUGGCGGGGCCUGGAGAACCGUGCAAGGCUGGCCCAGAACCAGAGGGCUUACUCUGUUCUGCUGGGGGCGGUGAGGGAGCUGGCCCGCUCCACUCUCUGCCCCUACCUCCAGAGCUCCCUGCUGCACUUUUCUACAGGCCUGGACGGUCUGUUAGGGUCUAUAUCAGGCCUCAUGAACACACUGGGGUAUGCCCUGCCUCCUGCUGGGAUUGAGGCGCAGUACCCACGUCGUAAGGGCACAGGGGGCAAUGGUGAGGCGACGGGACGCAGACCAGCUCCACUUAUGAGUCAGGGUCUCUAUGAGACAGGGGCGGAGAUGGGGGCGGGACCAAGGAGGCAUACCCUUGAUGAUCAGAGGGGUGCUGGGACCACCAGAGGGCUGGUGAGAGGACAAAAGGAGGAGAGCACCAGGAGAGAAUGACGGAGAGAAAGAGGGAGCGAGAGAAGGAUAGAGGGAGGGGAAGGGAGGGAAGGAGAGCGGAGGUGACAGGGGCUGCGGUUAGGAGCGUGGGAUCGAGGCAGGAGGGGAGAGGGGAGCGAGGGAGGAAAGGAAGGAAGAGACACUCAGAGGAUUGGGAGGGGGCCAGUGAAGACAGGGAAGAGGAGGAAGAGUUGGAGAGAGAGGGAGGGAGCGAGAGAUGGGGGGAGGAGGAGAAGGCUGCUGAGUGUUUCAGAGGAAGGAGAGAGAACAGUGAAGCAGGGUCCACUGGAGUCUGACGCCAGAGUCACUCUGUCCUUCACAGACAGACAGACCUUCCCCCAACAACAACAACAACUCCUAAACAACAAUAACAAUAACAACUAUGAUAACGACAACCUCAACAGCUACAACUUCAACUACCCCACCAAAACAAGGAACGAGCCAGAGAGGCGGAUGCAGAAAACAGGGCGACAGAGGAGGCACAUUACAUCAUCAAGAGUCUGCAUCCCUCCUCUCCUCCUCUCCAUCCCUACAUCCCAGCGCCGAUCCCCUCGCUCCUUAU